AUGUCGACAGUGUCCGCCGGUGGCCGUCGUGGUCCACCGAAGGACUUCCGCGGAUCAUCCCGAGGUGACUUACGAUUGAUGAAGCCCCGAGGACGGGGCUACUCUCAAUCGGAUGUAGGAGAACCAUUUAUCCCGCGAUUCUCCGCUGUAGCUAGCGAAGGAGUAAAAAUAGGGUUACCCCCAGAGGAGUAUGGGGAGAACACUACCGUCUUGACGGGUAUGACUAGCGAGCAUUCAUACAGUGGAGAUGAUCGGCCCAUUUAUGAACCUCCUAUAGGAAGAGUCGACUGUCAAGGUUAUUUGUUGUUAAUGGCAAUUAAAACUCUUUUAUUAGUUGUUGCAUUAUGGGCGCUCUAUUGGCGUCGUGCUGCUGCCGACCUUCCAAGGCUGUACUUUGCCCGUGCGGCUCUAAGCUUCUUUGUUUUAUUUAUUUUGUUCGCGUUUUGGUUGUUUUAUACAGUACGGAUAUUCUUGGAAAGGCAUGGCAAUUACACUUAUGUGGUAGGUCUCAUCCCGUCUAAUAUGUCACUUAUUGUCACAGCAUACUUCUACAAAACAGAGAAUUUUGGAGAACCGCUACUUCUAUUUUCAGGAAUGAUGUCCUUACAAGAAGCUGCUAUACAAGUUUUACGCUUCCACGAAUCCUAUUUUCCUUCAUAUAACGUUUUCCUUGAUAAGGCUCGCCAAUCCAGUCAUCGAAUGCGAAAUUCAUCUCAGCCUCCAGGGUUCAAAAUGUACGACAUUGAAGGAUUAGGAAGUGGAACUGCAGAAAUCAGUCAGAGUAACCUCCGUGCGCUUAUGGAAGCGACAUCGCGACGGCGCAGCACAAAUCAUAACGACAUCCUGCAAGAAGAAUGCGAAUGGGAAAGGCGAAUUAGGAAGAGAAAGUAUCGGUUGAUUGCUUCAGCUGAAGAAGCAUUUGCGCAGGUGCAAAGCAUUGUCGACAGCCAAGGAGGGAACAAGAACCUUUGUGAUGCUAUGGAUUCGACGACAGCAGCUCAAGGUGACAUCGUGUCGGAGUCGAAGUGGUCAAUUAUCUCGGAUGAGCAGGCGUCUGCUUCCAUACAGCAUGGAACGACGUUUUUGUUACGUUCGCACAACAAGGAAGAUGACGCGGGUGUACAACUGCUGUGCACAAUAAGUUCAUUACCGUUCUUCAAUCUCACCGAGCUAUCAAGGUCUUCAAACAGUAAAUUUGCUUUAAAAAUUCGAAAUGAGUCGUCAGUUUAG